AUGCUCCACGAGGUCCUCCUCGCCCUCAGCGGGCAUCCCUCGCCCUUGUUCCCCGCGACUGCACCGCCAGGGAGAUUGUCUGACGCCUUUGUAGACAAAGACUUCCCGCUGUUGUCAUCAUCGGAAGCGGCUUUAUUGGCGACGGUUGGCAAGCUCGCCAGUCUGCAUCGCCAAAUUCGAGACCACGCAACCCGCAUUGUUUCGCAACAUCAUUCGACCAUCUGUCGUGCUGUAGCUGCUUCGUUGUUGCAAACCCAUCUCGCACGCUUCCGUAAGAAGAUUCUUGAUGUCGAGAGCCAGAUCUUGACCAAGGAUACUGCCAUAGUGGGUGCAUACAACAUUGUGCCUCUCUCUGCAGUUGUCGGCGAGUUUGAUGAGUGGAGUCGUCGCAUGGACUGGUACUGGACUCUUGCAUGCUUCAUCCAGCCACUAGACACGUCUGCCCAAUCUAACCAAGCAACCGGAGCUGGUAUUAUUGACCGUCUGCGGUCAGAGCUGCAAACCGGUUUUCCUGACAUCGAAACUGCAGCAACAGAGUUGAGUUGCAUCGCUGACAAGGCCUGGCUGAAACAGGUGUCGGUGUGGCUGCUGUACGGCUUGCUUCCUAGCCAUGGCGCAGAAGACUUCUUUGUCUCUGUGCAGGAAUCUGCUGAAGGCCCGCCAUCAUAUGUUUUAAGACGCGAACUGCUGCCCAAAUUUGUUUCGCAACAGACUGGCAGCUCUUUGCUGUUCAUCGGAAAGUCAUUACACCAGGUCAAGCAGCAUGCACAAGGAUCAUCGGCGUCGCGGAUCGUUCGUGGUAACGAAGAUGCUGCACUGCUGGAUGCACAUCUUCAGUCUCUUUCGUCACUAUCAUUCCCCCUAAUCCCCGCUUCGUUCUCUACCACAAUAUCCUCAAUACGCUCAUCUCUAUCACAAAAAGUUCUUCAACGCCUACUCCCACCCGACGAGAUCAAGCUCGUGCUGAGCACCCUUCGUCAAAUCAUGCUUCUUGACAGGGGCGAAUUUGCUGUCUUCUUAAUAUCUGAGGCGGCAGAAAGGCUAGACGCAAGACAAGUUGAGCAGGGUCGAUACCUGCAGGAGCCCUCUGGAAGGGAUCUCCGUGGCGUGAUGAUGAAAGAGGGUGAAGUCAACGAGUCACUUUCACGCACAUGGAAGUCACUGACCUCGCUACAAACCGAGGAUCUCGAAGACGUCGUACUCGAGUUUGCUCGCGAGAACAUGCGCCUGGAGAUCGAUACACGGCGAGCUGGAGCACGACCUUCAACCUCAGAUGGAACAGCAUUGGAUAUGGCCAGCCUGUCCAGCACCUCGUUCAAUGAUCUCCUGUUCCCUGUCCCAACCCUACUCACGAUGCAAAUCUGCUCACCACUGGACCUCUUCGUCUCCCGAGCCGACAUGGAUCGCUACUCGGCACUCAACGCAUAUCUGUUGAGUCUCCGGCGAGCACAUAUGCGAUUGUCAAGUCUAUGGCGAGAAUCAGGCUCGCGCCGUGCAGCUGCGAAUCCCGCUCGCUUGAGUGCUGAAGCGAAACAGAUCGCGCAAGCUCGCAGCGCCUCGCAACGCAAAGUCUGGGCCACAUGCAGUGCAGCUGUCUUCUUGUUAUCAGAAACCACAGCAUACUUUGAGGGCGAGCUAAUCUCAAGCUCAUGGGACACCUUCUACUCGUGGGCCACUGCUCAGCAUCACGACCCAGAGACGCUAGCAAGAGCCCACCAAUCAUUCCUCGCAGCGCUCUCCUACGUUAUGUUGCUCACCGACGCGGCAUACACUCGAUCCCUGCGCGACUUGCUCGCCCACGUCGAUGCUCUAGUCGCGCUGUUCGGCCGCCUUCAACGCCUUCAACAAACAACCAGUCUUGGUGUUGGUGGCACAGAUUUCCUCGAUGACGAAGAGACAGAGGUAUCGCGCGAACUCGAUCGCUCUCGCAAACGUGUGGAUGCCGCUCUCAAGGAUAUUGUCGCCAGGUUGCGUCAGCUGGAUCACGAGCGUCUGGGUGCAGCUAGGUAUCUCCAAAUUGACACUCAAGACACGGACUUUGAGGUGUGGCGCGGUGGAGGCGUGGACAGACUGCUGAUGAAACUGGAUUUUGGCAGGAUGACUGGUGGUGAUGAGUAUAUUGUGUAG